AUGUCCCGCCACCCGUCCCCCGGCCCUUCCUACGCGCAUGCCCUCCCAUCCCAGCAUAGCCAACAGAUGGAGCUCGCAUCGCUCUACCAUCCCCCGACCGUCCUCGCAAACCCCGCUUUUCAGGCGAAGAUGCGGUCCAAGAACUACCCCGGUGGCAUCACUGCCAGCGUGGAGGAUGCGAAGUACCAUGCCAAGUACAAAGAUCUGAAGAGGACGGUGAAGGAAAUUGAGGGGGACAAUGACAGGCUGUACUUCAAACUGCUUCUCGCGAAGAAAAACAUACGUCGUAUGAACCUUGAAAGAGCCAUUCUGUACGAGCGACUAGCUGCAGUGCCUCCGACUCCCGGACGGCACACGCAAGACCUACCACCCGAACAGGACCCCAUCUUCCAUCAACAGCCACCGCUCCCUCCGGACCACGCACGCUUCAUAGAUCCUAAUGACCCUGCCAUCGCAGAGUACAUGCGAACUCGCCCGGAUGCCCGGAUGGUUCUGGGGCCAGAUGGCAGAGUUGUCGCAAUUGAGGACAUCCUUCCGCAUCCACCACCGGGACAGGAAGCGAGACCGGUGCAACCACCGCAUGGGAUUCCACUUGUUUAUGGAUUCAGACAUGACUCCGGACCUGGCUAUGACCCCGACCGCCAAUUGCCGCCUAUGAUACCUGUGAUCCCAGUUUCGGCGGAGGGUGUUCCCAACAUCGCACCUCCUAUCAGCGAGCAUCACGGCGGUCCAUACCCACUUGCCCAGGCCCACGGACACGUCCACCCACAAUCUCACUCACACGGCGGCUCUUCCCACCACUCGCGUUCCAAUUCGGCUCGCCCAGAUCUAGAUUCGCUGAACUCUAGGAUCGAUGUGGUGCCUCAGGGACCUGCCAUCCACGGCCGCAGCCCUCCUGUGGCAGGCGCAGAAGUCCAUGGUGACAGAUCGAGGAGACACGACCUCCACGAAAUGGCCCACGCGCACGGCCACCAGCUACCGCAUCCUCAUGUCCAGAUCCCGACGCAGAACAUGCCCACGUCACCGCACUCCCAUUCGCCCGCAAGCACGCGCGGUUCUGACCGCAGUACCGGACGCAUUCAUAACCACCAGCGCGUCGGCCCGGGCGCCAACAUCCACCGUGACCGCGAACUGUCGCAGCGCGAAUGGGAGCAACGCGAGUACGAACGGGAGCUCGAGCGUGACCGCGAGCGCGAGCGCGAGAGGGAGCUCGCCUAUCGCCAACGCCUCGAAUUGGAAGAGCAGGAGGAAGACAGCAUCGCGUACAUGCGCGACAACGGGCGUGUGGCGCCGGCGAUGGCGCAUGGAGACUCGCGUUCUGGCAGCCCUAAUUCUGGCCCCGGAAAUGGAGGAAGCAGGGCCCCUUCGCGCCCUGACUCUGGUCAAUCCAUUCAAUACGACGCGGAUAGAGCGCGGCCGCGCGUGUCGAACUUACUCGGGAUCGAACGGGACCCUGCAUUCGACGAGCGCGCUUCUGGUGCGACAGUGCGGGGUAAUGCUGGGGAGAUGUCCGCCGCAUCUGCGGAUGCCAGGAGGCGAUUCCGCGGCGAGAUAGAGGCGAAUGAGGAGUAUGGUGGCGAGAUCCGUUCGCCAGGCGCAGGUGGGCGCGCAUCUUCGGGUCAGGAUAAUCCGUUGCCUGACGGCGGUGCAGGUAAGAGAAGAAGGCCCUCUGUUGAUGAGGGCAAUGCCAAUGACAGCGAAUCUGCAAACGACCGGAUGGAUGAGGACGCAUAG